AUGAAACCAAUCCCUAUUACUAAACCUUUAUCUAUCCGACAACAGACCACCAACAAUUUUAACAGCCAAAGCUAUAGAGAAUGUAAUGUUAAUGAUAUUGACGACAACACCUCAUUCAUGCUGGAUCACUGCAUCAUUGGAUCCGUUCCUGCUUCAUCAAAUUUCAGCACAAAAAAGUCAAUCAGCAGUUCUUUAACAAAAGAUGCAAACGAUUUCAUUUCAAAGAAAACACAAUCUCGUCCACCUCCAAUCACCACAUCAUCUUCCUCCACUGCUCCCAGUUUUGAAAGACCCAACGUUCUUUCACCUACUCUCCAAACCAAACGAAAGUCGGCGAAUCUUACCUCUCCUACCCUUUCCCCAAACUUUAUUUCCUCAAAUUCCCUUCAAGCUCAUUCCAAUCAUGACAAUGAAAAAAUCAUGUUAGAUUUUUUUAACUUAUUUCAAAAACAGCAAGCAAAAAGCAAUGAUGGGUCUGGCAACUCCUCUACAGAUGAAGACGAAUUGUGUAUAAACAUUUUAUCUUCUUCACUGUCUGCUCAUCAAGAUUGGUCGAGAAUGAUCAAUAAGGUUGACCAUGCGCAACUCAAAUCUCCCAGCGAAUCAUUCGACGAGAAUGAUCGACAAUGUCAAAGUUUUCAUUCUAUCACCGAACUUGACAAGAAGAAAGCCAAAAGGAACUGGUUUAGGUUUAUGAAAAUUGAAAGCGACUCUUCGAUUGAAGAUGAAGAAAAUUCUGAUUCUGAAGAAGAGACAAAAUCCAAAUCCUCUUUGGAUAAGAAAGAAAUUCUGCUCUUAUUUUUACUUCAGCAUGUCGCUAAAGAAUUAAACCCAGAUAUAUCCUUCUUUUUAAAUUUAUGCAAACAUUUGGGAAAACUCGGAUACUUUUCAAACAAGAUGUUAGACGAAAAUUUCAUCAAAACGCUCUGUAAAGAUUUUAUUCAGGAUAUUGCAGAGAUAUUUCCAUCCACAGUUGAUCACGAGACCUCUAAGGGUAAGAUUGUGAGAUCAGAAAGUCAUGCAUCUUACUUGUCAGAAAUUUCACAUUCCCCAUCAUCCUUGAGAGAAAAUUUUGGUAGCCUAGAUGAAGCUCCUGUUUUGGACUCAAUGUUUUAUAAUACUAAGCGGCUAGAAGCUGACUAUUGCCACUUUCAAAAGCUUGGAAAAUCAAAACCAUACUCUUCAAUCAUUAAGGCCACUCAUAGAAUUGAUGGACGAGCGUAUGCAAUCAAAAAAGUUCAUUUUCAUUUUAAGAAUACAUUAGAGCUAGAACAUGUUUAUUCUUAUGUUGUGAAUGAAAUUACAGCACUUGCAAAGCUUGAUCACGAAAAUGUAAUUAGGUUUUACGCUGCUUGGUUUGAGCCUUCAAGAGAGAAUGAAUGUUCUCAACAAAAAGAAAACGAUUCAACAAAGAAUGAUUUAUCAAACGAAGUUGCAAGCCCUCUUAUAUGGAAUGACACUCAUACUAUACUCCACAAUUUGUUAGAACAUGAUUUUCAGGAAAAAGUUCCUCAAACAACAUCGUCACAGCUCACCAAUUCCAUACAAUUCGAUUCGCCAAAAGCGCAACCUAUUGAUAUACACUGUAAAAAAAAUUCUUCUUCACCACCACCCAACAUGUCAUACCUAGAAUUUGCUCUUGAACGAAAGAAAACACCAAACGCUACCAAAAAAACCUACAUCGACACCGAAACACAGAACAUCACUUCAUCCGUUAAAUCCAUUCUACAUGAGAUGUUCAAUGUAAAUAACCAAUUUGAAAUGGUUUUGUAUAUUGUUAUGCAGCUUUGUGAAGGAACUACCCUUGAAGAUUGGUUAGCAGAGAAGAAGAAAAACAAAAAACUGAGUCACUUGCAAGAAGCACUUAGGUUGUUCAAACAGAUUUUGAAAGGCGUGUGUCACAUUCAUGCUCACGGUUUAGUACACAAAAAUCUUAAACCAAACAACAUUUUUGUGUUGUCAAAUGGAGUUAUUAAGAUUGCUGACUUUGGAUUAGCGAAAUAUCUACAAGAAUGUCUUCUCAAUCACAAUUGUAAAGAGGGUACCAACAAAAAAAAGCCUCAUCAUUCUACAGAACAAAGUUCAUUGUAUUCUAGUCCUGAACAAAUAUUUAACUCCAAGUUUGAUCAAAAGGGGGACAUAUAUAGUUUGGGUGUAAUAUUAUUUGAGUUGCUCGCGCCUUCUUUUAUAACAACUACGGAAAGAGUUCAUGUUCUUUCACAACUCAGGAAGAAAGAAUUCUCAGAAGAAAUGAUUAAGAGCUAUCCAAGAGAGAUUGAAAUUGUAAAGCAGUGUUUAGACAAGCCAAAUAAUAGACCUACAGCCCAAGAGUUGUUUCACAAAAUUAGUAGGCUCAUCAAAGCAUACAAGAUUGAGGGAAAGUUUUCAAAUUCGUCAAAAACAGCCUCUAAUUACCACAUGUUGUCGACCCCGAGUUUUCCGUCCUAUGACACAAUCAGAGAAAAGAAUAGAAUUAUUGAGGAACAACAAAAACAAAUUGAAAUGUUGUUAGAACAACUUGAGAAGAAGAAUUUGAAUUCUAAAUAA